UGAAAGCCCUAAAAAUGAACUUGUGAGGGGAAAAUACCUUGGCAGGUUCAGUUUUGGUGGCGGGAAAAAUGCCCAGUGAAGAAGUGAAAAAGCGUUUUUCUAUUGAAUCAGAAUCAUCAUCUAUUGAAAAUCCACCAAAGAUUACAAAAACUGUUGAAGUAGAAGAAGAAGAAGAGGAUAUACAAUUUAGUGACGAAGAAGAAGAAGAAGAAUUACAGAAACCUCAGAUCAUUAAUAAUAACCCUAGAAUGCAAAGGUAUUUGGUUGCAUUUGAGUAUCAUGGUGGAAAAUUCUUCGGUUCUCAACAACAAGCCGUUCGUAGAACUGUCAUUGGUGCUUUGCAGGAGGCUUUCCGGAGAUUUGUCGGGCAACCUGUUAAAAUCAUUUCCUCUAGUCGGACGGAUGCUGGAGUUCAUGCACUAUCAAAUGUUUGCCAUGUAGACGUUGAGCGAAUAAGCAAAAGGAGGCCUGGUGAAGUGUUACCUCCUUAUGAACCUGAAGUUGUUAGAAAUGCUGUGAACCACUACUUACUGAAAUACGAAGGUGAUGUUGCGGUGGUUGAUGUUCGUUGUAUCCCUGCUGAUUUUCAUGCUAGACAUAGAGCUCUUGAGCGCACGUACUUCUACCGCAUUCUGUCAGGUCCAGAGCCUUUAUCAACAUUUGAAAGAGGCCGGGCGUGGCAUGUUGAGGAGGAGCUAGAUAUUGUAGCAAUUCAGAAAGCUUGCAGAGUUCUUGUUGGAGAUCACGAUUUCAGUUCAUUCAGAGGAACUGGUUGUCAGGCAAAAUCGCCGAUAAAAACUCUGACUGAGCUUAGUGUUACUGAAGUUGCUUCUACGCCAUACUUCCCCUCAAAGGUGGAGAGGGACCAAGCUAAUCCCAUGGAGCAAGACCCAAUUGUCUCUUCCAGUACGUCAGGGAUUGAUGUGACCUGCAAGGUUCCGGCUUCCAUUAAGGAUAAACUUGGAGGAUUUGAUGCUGUAUUUGGUGAAGAAUUUGGCCGAAGGAAAGUACACCGUUGUUAUGUAAUAACGGCACGUGCUCGUUCUUUCCUUUAUCACCAGGUCAGACUGCUAGUAGGUGUUCUAAAAGCUGCGGGUACCGGGGAAAUUACAACAUCUGAUGUUGAAAGGAUUUUGAACGCAAAAACAGUUACCGCCACAAGUGCUAUGGCACCUGCUCAUGGUCUCUACCUUGGACGUGUUAAGUACAAGCUCCCCUGAAGAAGUUAAGAGAGAGAGAAAGCGGAACUGAGGUGGAUCACAGAGCUGUCUUAUGGACUAGGCCAGCUAGGUUGUUGCCUAGAGCCUCAAAUUGUUUGGACCCAAAAAUAUAAAUUUUUAAUACAGCUUGUUUGCCACAUAGGUAGUGCUCUCACAUAGUGACAUAGUGGUCUGCCACUGAUCUUGUUGAUGGUCAUACUUUUUAGUUGUUAUUGAAAAGCCGUAUGUUUUGCAACUACUGUGUACGACUUUCCAAUUUCAUCUAGCUAUUACCUUUUUCUCACUUUUAUUUUAUGUAAGAACAUUAGAAUUCACUACACUAGACAAUUCUUUUCAAAUUAAUUUAGA